AGUGCCUCUCCUCUGAAAGGUCCAUCAAAGCACCGUGUCCUUUUCCUCUCUCUUUCUCUCUCUAAAAUUUCCUCAAUCAUCGCCUUCUUUUCAUCUCCUUCUUCUUGCCCCAACCUAACUAAUCUUCUCACCUUCCUAUCACUGCUGGAAUUACCCAUAUCCCACCUAACCCUAAUCCACCACCUGCAAUUUACAACAAUUCUAUUUCAAUUCAAUCGAUAUAUAUAGAGUUACAUAUAUAUAUAUAUAUAUAUAUAUAUAUAACUGUUAGGGUUUAGAGAUAUGAGCUUUCAAGAUCUCGAAGCGGGUCGUCCUUUGGCUUCCAGGCGAGGUUACAUCAAUGGCAAACAAGACCCAACGCAAGCCGUUGCUUCCGGAAUUUUUCAGAUCAACACCGCCGUCUCUACGUUUCAGAGGCUGGUUAAUACCCUUGGUACACCUAAGGACACGCCCGAGCUCCGUGACAAGCUGCACAAAACAAGGCAACAUAUUGGGCAAUUGGUGAAGGAUACUUCAGCUAAACUAAAACAAGCUAGUGAAACAGAUCAUCAUGCUGAAGUUAGUGCCAGCAAGAAGAUUGCAGAUGCUAAACUUGCAAAAGAUUUCCAAGCAGUUUUGAAAGAGUUUCAGAAGGCUCAACGGCUUGCAGCUGAGAGAGAGACAGCAUAUACUCCUUUUGUUCCCCAAGCUGUUCUUCCUUCCAGCUAUACAGCCAGUGAGCUAGACGUAAGUACAGAGAAAAGUGCAGAACAACGUGCUCUACUUGUUGAAUCUAGAAGACAGGAGGUUUUGCUGUUGGACAAUGAGAUUGUCUUCAAUGAGGCUAUAAUUGAGGAAAGAGAGCAAGGAAUACAAGAAAUCCAGCAACAAAUUGGUGAGGUGAAUGAGAUCUUUAAAGAUCUCGCAGUGUUGGUCCAUGAGCAAGGAGCCAUGAUCGAUGAUAUUGGCUCCAACAUCGAGGGUUCUCAUGCUGCGACAGCACAGGGAAAAUCUCAGCUUGUCAAAGCGGCAAAGACCCAAAGAUCAAACUCGUCUCUGACCUGCUUGCUGUUGGUGAUAUUUGGUAUCGUGCUCCUUAUUGUGAUCGUAGUACUUGCGGCUUAAUCUGGAUAAAAUGAGAGAACACAGGAUGCGCUUAUGGAAAAGAUGCAAUCUAUCUGCUGAUGUCUGCGGUUUUUAUGUGGUUUUCCGAUGCAUCAAGACUGACUGGAAGGAGCCACUUUUAUGUCUGGGUUGUGUUAAAAAAUUAUGAUAACAGUUACAACAUGAGUUGUUCAAAUCGUGGGGUGGGGAUUGUGUCUUCUGUAGAUUGGUGUUGGGUUCUGUGUGUGUCAUGGUCUGUUCUUAAUGGCCAUUUUAUUUCAUUGUAAAAAUUUAUAAUUCAUUUGGGUUCUUGUCAUCUGUUUGAUCAAUGAAUGGCACUGUUGAUUUGUUAAUUUUUAAAAAAUUGACAUCUACCAGUGUUAGUGUCAAACACUUCUCAUA